AUGGCAGAUCUUGCCAUUGGGAUUUCCAAGACGGUGGUUGAGAAGCUGGUGAACAAGGUCAGGUCCGCUGUCAAGGAAGAGGCGGAGAAAUGGCAGAUCCUGCAGCGUGACAUUGUUUUCAUCAAGGACGAGUUCGAGAUGAUGCAAUCCUUCCUCAACACCACCGGGCGGGAGCGCAUGAAGAACCAGGUGGCAAGGACCUGGCCCAAGGUGGUACCAGCAGCGCUGCCGCUGGACCAAGCCGUCGCCGAGAUAAAGCAACUCAAGGCCCAAGCUGAGGAUGUGAACCAAAGGAACAUACGCUACAGCCUCACCGGCAGCUCUGGAGAUCAGCAGAUGCUGCCAGCUCCUGCUGCCAGCAAGAGGACCCUGGACAUCUUCAUCAAGCCCAGGGAUGGCUUUGAUAAUCAGGCAGGCACUUUGGACCUCGCCAGAUUGAUAAAACGGGAGGGCAAGGAACUUCAAGUGAUUGCCGUGUGUGGAACAGGAGAUCUUGGGACGACAUCCAUCAUCAAGAAGGCAUAUGACGAGCCUGAAAUCUGUGCACAAAUUCUGACAAGACCCAAGAGGCGAAGACCCAAGACCCCAAGAUCCAAGGACCCAAAACCCAAGAGCCCAAUACCCAAGGGCCCAAGACCCAAGACCCAAGAGCCCAAUACCAAAGAUCCAAAGACACAAGAGCCCAAUGCCCAAGAGCAAAAGACCCAAGAGCCCAAUAUCCAAGAGCAAGGAGUUUUAGAAUUAGAAUUACAAGAGCAAGAAGUUAACACCGUAAGGCUGCAACAAGUGCUGGAGGUGAUGAAGGCAACCCAAGAAAGUAUGCUUGCAGAAUUCAUGGGGAGAAUCAAGGAGAAGCCAUACCUCAUCGUCCUAGAAGGUCUCUCCACCAUCGUGGAGUGGAAUGCCAUCAAGACAUUUCUUCUAGACAUGAAGAAUGAGAGCCGAGUUGUUGUGUCAACGCAGCAGCUUGAGAUGGCAAGCCUGUGCGCGGGACAGCCAUACCACGUAUGGUUGCUCCGGGAGUUCUCAACUGAGCACUCCGUCUACGCCUUCUCAAACUCAAAGGACCAUCCCAAAAAACCACUGGUUAAUGAAGCUACCACAUUGGACAAGUGUUUGAGUGACGACGACACAGAGACCUCGGACCAUUGGCUGAAAGUACAUGGCCUUCGUGGGCGCUAUUCGGAACUAAGUACACUUUGGGGCCAGGUACAAACACACAGUGUGGUCUCAGUCUGCGGGGUGGCUGGUGCUGGGAAAUCUUUUCUCGCCCAAGUCCUCCAUACCCAUUAUUGUCCUCGUGGUCGUGGUUGGCACCAUGGAAGCUACGUUGUUAAUGUACCCCAUCCGUUCGAUAUCACGGACUUCUGUGAGAGCUUGUAUCUUGAAAUCUUCUCAACACCACCAAAAGAAGGCGAAGAUAUCUUCCGGAUGUGUUGGAAACAUCUUGAGCAAAAACCGUGCCUUGUUUUUAUUGACGGCUUGCGGUCCAAGGAAGAUUGGGACUUGAUAGAAGCUAACUUGAUACCGGCUGCUUCUUUCCCUUUUGGAGGCUGUACCAUUGUUAUUACCAGGGAAGAAAGUGUUGCCAGACAUUGUGCAACGUCACCUGAUGCAGUGUGCCGUGUCAAAGGUCUAGAAGCUGAUGCGGCCCGUCAUCUCUUCCAGGACACCUUUAAACCUGACGGAAUCUCUAAGGGUGAUUCUAACAUGAUGGCUGAAGCAGAUCUUAUCAUAGACAAGUGUGGCAGACUUCCCAAACUAAUAGUUGCUUUAGCUGAGUACUUGGCCGAAGUACCAAACGUCAUACGGGAGGCCCGGCGUCUGAAUGCCAACUUUAUGUAUGCACUGAAGACGACCAGGAAGGGACUUGAUAGCUUCCGGGACGUAUUCACCUGGAUGUAUUCAAGAUUUCAGGCUUGUCAUCAACUACAAAGGAAAUGCAUAUUCUAUCUGUCACUAUUUACUCAAAGCAGUAUCAUUCGUCAGAAUCGUUUGGUGAGGCGGUGGAUUGCAGAGGGCUACUCUGAGGGCACUGACAGCAACAGCAUGGUGGAAUAUACAGAGAAGCUCAUCCGCGCCUGUGGCCGCCCCGUCGGAGCCGCGCUCGCCGCUCCCGUCGGCUCCCUCAGGCUCCAGUGCCCUGCCCCGGCCGUGACAUUAUUUUAG